AUGCUUAGGGCAGCAGGAUUUCUUUCGCGUAGUGUUAUGCUCUUGGAGCGCAUACAUGGUGGUUUGAAGGAUCAGGAUCGCAUAUUUACAAACCUUUAUAAUGACUUUGGAACCGAUAUCGAGGCAGCUGAAAGACGUGGUGACUGGUACCGGACCAAAGAUUUCAUCCUCAAAGGACACGAUUGGAUUGUCAAUGAAAUCAAAGCGAGUGGGCUGCGGGGCCGGGGUGGUGCCGGUUUCCCGUCUGGCUUGAAAUGGUCGUUUAUGCCGAAGAAAAAACCGGAUGACCGACCAAGCUACAUUGUUGUAAAUUGUGAUGAAUCAGAACCAGGUACUUGUAAGGACCGUGAGAUUAUGCGGCACGAACCCCAUAAGCUCGUGGAGGGGUCCCUCAUUGCUGGUUUUGCAAUGCGGGCUCGGUACGGGUACAUUUAUAUUCGUGGCGAGUUCUAUAACGAGUACCGCGCAGUCGAUAGGGCGAUUCACGAAGCUUACAGCAAAGGUUAUCUGGGUAAGAACGCUUGCGGCAGCGGCUGGGACUUUGACCUUUACACUUAUUGUGGUGCAGGUGCGUAUAUUUGUGGUGAAGAGACCGCUAUGAUUAUGAGCCUGGAAGGUGGUCCAGGCAAGCCACGACUGAAGCCACCUUUCCCAGCCAACGUUGGACUUUACGGCUGCCCGACGACUGUCACAAACUGCGAAACGGUAUCCGUUUCCCCCACAAUUCUGCGUAGAAGCCCGGGGUGGUUUGCCUCGUUCGGGCGCAAGAAUAACGCGGGCGUGAAGUUGUUCUGCAUCUCAGGACACGUCAACCGGCCUUGCACGGUCGAGGAGGAGAUGAGUAUCCCGCUACGAGAUUUAAUUGAGCGGCACGCUGGGGGUGUCCGGCAGGGAUGGGAUAAUUUGUUGUGCGUCAUCCCAGGCGGAUCGUCGUGCCCGUUAAUUCCUAAACACAUCUGCGACAACGUUUUAAUGGACUAUGACGACUUGAAGCGAUACGAAACGGGUCUCGGAACGGCAGCGGUGAUAGUCAUGGACAAGUCCACGGAUGUCAUCAACGCCAUUGAACGGCUUUCACAGUUCUACCAGCACGAAUCCUGUGGGCAGUGCACGCCAUGUCGCGAAGGUGCCCCUUGGCUGGAGAAAAUGAUGAGGCGUUUUGUGAAUGGAAACGCCAAAAAGGAGGAUGUCUACACCAUGUGGGACGUGUCGAAACAGAUCGAAGGUCGUUCCAUCUGUGCUCUCGGCACGGCUGCCGCGUGGCCCGUGCAGGGCCUUAUUCGUCAUUUCGAACCGUUGCUGCAUGAACGGAUUGAGAAGUUUUGGUCUGCAAACCCGCACUGGGGCAAGGCCGGUGGUCCGUGGCGUCGAUGGAAGACGCAUCGCUACUAUACCAUGCAAAAGGGUGACAAGCUGAAUUGGGAUGGAAAGAUUGUGCGGAACUGGAACUAG